AUGACUUACAAGUCCAACUACGAACCUUAUACAAGCCAGACAAGCCAGAGUUUCGAUCUGAGCGGGCUCCGUCCCUCUAUAGAGCUGCUCUACCCACUCGGAGACCUCUACCCUCACGUCGUGGCGCUGCAAUUACAAUCCGAAGACGAAAACCCAUGGUCCGCAAGCAAGAACUUCUCUGGAUACCAGGACAUCGCAUACUGGGCGGAGGUUGUCUCGUCGCCACGAUCAUUGCCGGAACAUUACUCGAAACGAUCCUUUCGCAGGUGCAGCGAAUCCACAAAGUCACGAUUUGUUUCUAGAAUCCGCCGACUUCUUAGCCGCGACGAACUACGAAAGCGCCGGCGUUUCGCGUGA